AUGGCCACUUACCUUCUUCCCGACCACGAUGCAUGCUACAACCCCAAACCCAUUAAUGGCGAUAACCAAAUCCAAACAGAAGAACAAGAAGCCUAUGAUCAAAAGCUCGACGCCAUGAUUGCAACUCUUCCCAAAAACAAAGGCUGGAGAAGCCAAUACAUCUUUCGUUAUAAAGGCUUUUGGGCCAGCCGUGAAGUGAUCAGAGGCCAGUUGUUGAUCGGAGAUCACUUCCAUCCCCAACCCACCGAUAUCUUCCUCGCGGCUUUCAUGAAGUGUGGAACCACCUGGCUCAAAGCUCUCAUGUUCGCCACCGUCAACCGCCAGCGUUACAACUUUUCCGACCACCCUCUCCUUCGUACUGGCCCCCAGAGUGUUUUCCCCUUCCUUGACACCCAUAUUUUUCUUGACCACCCCAUAACCAACUUCGACCAUCUCCCUGCUCCUCGACUCUUUGCCACCCACAACGCUCACAGCUCGUUACCGACGUCGAUGACAUCUCCGGCGUCGACAUGCAAGUUUGUGUACGUGUGUAGGGACCCGAAAGACGCACUCAUUUCGAAGUGGCAUUUUAUGAGAAAGCUUAGGUCGAAAGAACUGCCACCCAUCUCGUUUAACGAAGCUUUUGAGUUGUUCUGCAAUGGGGUUUCGGAAUACGGACCUUUUUGGGACCACGUGUUGGGGUACUGGAAAGCAAGCCAAGAAUCACCGGAGAAGAUCUUGUUUCUCAAGUAUGAGGAUAUGAAGAGGGAACCGACGGUGGAGCUGAAGAAACUGGCGGCGUUCAUGGGAACGCCGUUCACGGAGGAGGAAGAGAAGAAAGGGGUGGUGGAAGAGAUAGUGAAGCUGUGUAGCUUCGAGAAUUUGAGUAAUCUGGAGGUGAAUAAGGGCGGUGGCGGUGGUCAGAAGUUUACGGCGAAGGUGGUGGUGGAGAAUCGGGAGUUUUUCAGGAAAGGGAAGGUGGGAGAUUGGGAGAAUUACUUGACGGAGGAGAUGAAAAACCGGAUUGAUACGAUCACCAUUAACAGGUUGAAGGGUUCAGGGUUGAUUAUGGGUGCCACCAAAACUCUCAUUUAA